AGUUGGCUAUACAGAUAAUGCACAUCCUACUCAGAUUAAAUUUGGAGACUAAAUUAACAGUGGGUAAAACUAAUUACUUACGUAGACCUGUUUAAUGUCAUACAAAGUGCCUUUAUGCAGCAGUCUUCUAAUGAUGAUGUGAUUUAUGAUUUAAAAGGCCUGAACCAAUAUGGAUGUUAUUCCUUGCUUCAGAAGUAUAGCACCAACACCUAAUUAGCUCUCUCCUGAGCCCAAAGUCUCUGAGCCCAACUCUCCCUUCAUGAUGCAGUUUGUGGUUUUGAGAUAAAUGAUAUAACAAUAAGCUCAUGGUGGUUGAGUCUCAAGCGAUAGGGAGGCGGAAGCAAGCCAAGGGAGCUCCAUGCCCGCUGAUCCCACGGGACUCACUGAAGACACCGGAUCUGUUCUUGCAGUGUUGGGUUUUAAUGCACUCUGUAUUGUGGCUAUUUGUUUAACUGCUACAGUGUAGGCUGUGGGGAGACGGGUAAAAUGGGUGGGCAAUUGAUUAGAAUUAAGGGUUAAUUUCGGGAUUGUCAUUAGUACCAAAACACUGGUAGAAUACUUAUUCAAAUGUAAUCAAACUUGUAACUGCAUGCUAUUUUGUUUCUAGAUAAAAUGUCUCCCUACAGGUAGCGUACAUAGAUUUCAUAGAGCUUGUGAUCAAUGCAAUAUUUUUCACAUCUUUUAUUUUGUUUGGAUUAAGGGUGGGGAAGAGACAUGUCUGUAAUUAUGGCUGUAAAUAUUGCUACACAUGCAGACAUUAUUUAUUGAAUAUUUAGUCAGGGCUGGGUAGGCAGUCCACUAUAAUGGGCUCUACCCUUUCAGCAUUUUAUUCCAGUGACUUUAAUGAGUGUACUGUCUUUUCUGUCCUCCAUCUAUAUGUUACAGCACCCUGACGCCAAAAUGAUGCAGAUCAACCUAACAGGGUUCCUGAAUGGGAAGAAUGCACGAGAGUUUAUGAAGGACUUAUGGCCCCUGCUGCUUAGUGCCCAGGAAAACAUAGCUGGAAUCCCUUCUGCUUUUCUAGAACAAAAGAAAGAAGAAAUUAGACUGAGACAGCUGGAACAGGAGAAGCUUGCUUCUCUAAAGAAGGGAGAUGAAGAGAGAAAAGAAAAAGACAGGGCGCAGUCAAGGAGCCCAAGGAGGAGAAAAACAAGAUCCCCCUCACCUCGACGAAGAUCUCCAGUGAAGCGGGACAGGAAGCGCAGCCCGUCGCGCUCUCCGAGACCCAGACACAGUCCUGCACCUGCUGUCUCUCCUCCCCCAUCCAUGUCCACUAAAGCACUGGACCCAGAGCCAGACACAUCUGGAGGUCUGCCAGAGCCUGUUGUUCAAGAAGCAUCUUCCACAAGUGACACAACUACAGAGGUUGUGAAAGCAGACUCUGUGACUGAUGCUAGGGAACCAUCUCCAGAGAAGACUCAAAAGAAAGAAGAACGACCAAAGUCUCGUGAAAGAGAGAAGGAUGGAAGGAGGGACAGACCGCACCACCGCUCCCGCUCUCAUUCUCGUUCCCGGAGACGCAGAUCCCGUUCCAGGUCUUUUUCUCCUCGUAGAAGGCAGAGCCCCAGAAGAAGACUUUCUCCCCGUCGAAGAAGCCCACCCAGACGUGGGCCCACCAGCUCUAGACACAGACAUAGGCGGUCUCCUGUUCGAAGGAGGCGCUCUCGAUCUGCUUCGUCAUCUGGCAGCAGUUCAUCUGGUUCUCAGAGAAAAGCAAUGAGAAAAAGAGUAUUAAGUUCGUCACCACGAAAACUGUUGCAUCACACAGGCAAAUCCAUGAGCCCUGCUGCCAAAGACCAAAGAUCUUCAUCUCCAAUGAGAAGACGAGCCCGUGGCUCUAUGUCUCCCCCCAGGUCCUCUGGUUUUAAGCCAGGUGCACGAAAUGAUUCUCCUUCAGAUAAUGCCAAGCCCAGACAAUCUGAAGCUUCUGAAUCAGAAGAUGAUAAAAAUGACAAGGGAGCAACCGCAGAUUCAGUUCAACAGCGGCGCCAAUAUCGCAGACAGAAUCGUCAGUCAUCCUCAGAUACAGGGUCAUCAUCAUCUGAAGAUGAGAGUCCAAAGAGGCCGACAGCUAGACCUGGUGCUAGAAAUGGAGAUGUCAGAAAAAGACGAAGCCAUACACCAUCUCCACGAAGGCGGCAUCGCGAUCCCUCACCAAGAAAAAGGCGUUCUUUAUCCCCCGCUGGACGUCGGCGCCGCACCCCUUCUCCACCCAGACGCAGAAGGUCUCAGUCUCCUAGACGAAGGUCACCUUCUCCGCCUCCCAGAAGACGAUCUCCUUCUCCUAGACGUUACUCUCCUCCUAUUCAGCGUCGCUAUAGCCCAUCACCUUUGCCGCCUCAAAAAAGAAAAUUGUCCAAUUCUCCAAGACGCCUUUCUCCGGGGGCCAAGCGCAGACCUUCAAGGUCACCCAAGCGGAGGGGCUCUCCAGCUCAAAGACGUCGUACCCCUCCCUCCUCCACAUCUCCACCUAGACACAGAAGGAGCCCAGCACACCUGUCUACUCGAUCAAAAAGGGAUAGCCGUCCGUCUCCAUCUCCAGCUAAUCGUGGCCGAAAUCUUAGGGGUUCUGCCAGUCCUCGGGGCCGUUUUGAAACCUCUCCAUCCAGCUAUCGAAAACAGAGGUCUCCAAAUAAUAAGGCAAUUCGAAGAGUCUCCCGAACCCCAGAACCACGUAGUGGUCAGAGAGCUUCCAUGAGCCCACAGCCUGUUAGAAGAGUUUCCUCAAGAUCUCGCUCUGUUUCUCCUCCACCAAGUGCUCCAAAACGACCUGCACUCAUGUCUGCUUCCCCAUCUCCUUCACGCUCUGCAAGUGCUUCUCCGCCACCAGCUAAGAAGGCCAGCAGUGGUUCUGCCAGUCAGUCCCCAAGCAAGAAUUCAGAUGUAGAAGUUGCUGGAAAGAAGAAGAAAAAGAAGAAGGAGAAGAAACAUAAAAAAGACAAGAAACACAAGAAACAUAAGAAGCAUAAGAAGGAGAAGGCAGCGGCAGCUGCUGCAGAUGGACAAGAGAAUCAAGGUGCAGAGGAGGAUGUCGAUUCACGAAAGGAAUCAGAGAGUGAAGUAGAGGAUAGCCUGGAUGACUUGGAGAAACAUUUGAGGGAGAAGGCGCUAAGGUCAAUGAGAAAAGCCCAGUUGUCUCCAUCCCAAAUGUCCUGAAAAUACAGUUGUGACCCACCUUGUGUGAUUUGUCCUUAAACUCAUGUUUAGAAUGUACAGAUUUUGAGGAUUUUUUUUUUUUUUCCCUAUUACGGUUUAGUUACAGGCUAAAUAGUUUUCCUUAUUAAGUUGAUUACAUUUGUUAAUGAUCCUAAGUUAAAUGUUUUUAAGCAGUUAUGCAGAAUAUUGGUUUGAGUUGGUGGUUUUCACAAUUUGCUACAAAAUCCGAUUACAUACAUGGUUUCAAAUGUGCAUGAACUUUUUGCUAUACCCAGCUCUCAAUAGUACAGAAUGCAUUUUCAUAUGGUGUUCAGAGAUGUUUGACAUUGUUUAGCCUGCUGAUAUGGAAGUAGUCCCGUUCAAUUACAUGCAGAGAUGGAAUGUUAUUUUUUCUUUUUUUGUUUUGUUUUUAUUGUAAUCAUUUGAGAUGUACACAUGGCUCUGUGAGACUGCUCAAAUUUUUGUUAAGUACUUGGCUCUUGUCAUCCUUUCUGAAUUAAAAGGUUUUAUAGAAAUUG